GGGGCGUCGGCGCAGAAGAGCGGCGAAGGCGGAACUGAGUCAAGAACCAAACUUUUCUGGUUUGUCCGAAUGUGAUCCGGCUGCUAACACUGUUAUGUUAUUCAAGUCCUUGGCACGGGGUGCCUGCACUCUGAUAGGAGCUGCCACCGCUUUCAAACUAGCACCUGUGGACGUCCGGGCCCAGGCGGCUGCUCUGCUCCACGGCGCGGUGAGGAAGUCGUCCGUGGUGGAACAAGCAAACAUGAGGGUGGAACUCCUCCCGGCUCUCAGCGACAACUACAUGUACCUGCUGAUCGACGUGGACACCAGGGAGGCGGCUGUCGUUGACCCCGUGGAGCCGAUAAAGGUUGUGGAGGCUGUUCGAAAACAUGGCGUGAAACUCACAACAAUUCUGACCACUCAUCACCACUGGGAUCAUGCCAGUGGAAAUGAGAAGAUGGUGAAGCUAUUUCCAGGGCUGAAGGUCUACGGAGGAGAUGACCGAGUGGAUGCUAUUACAAAGAAAGUUUCUCACUCCCACAGUUUCAAACUUGGAUCACUCGGCGUUAAAUGCCUGUUUACACCGUGUCACACAACUGGUCACAUCUGCUACUAUGUGACCAAGGAAAACAGCAGCGAGCCAUCAGCUGUUUUCACAGGGGACACGCUGUUUGUGGCUGGCUGUGGUAAAUUCUUCGAGGGUACAGCAGAGCAGAUGUACAAAGCGUUGAUAGGAAUUCUGGGAAGCCUGCCUCCUGAAACACGCGUUUACUGCGGUCAUGAGUACACCGUAAGCAAUCUGAAAUUUGCGCGUCAUGUGGAACCAGACAAUGAAGUCAUUCAGAAGAAGCUGGAAUGGGCAAAGGAGAAAUGCAGCAAUGGAGAAGCCACUGUUCCUUCCACUUUGGCCGAGGAAUUCACCUUUAACCCCUUCAUGCGCGUAAAGGAGGAAGGAGUGCAGAAGUUCACAGGUGAGACCGACCCCAUAGAGGUGCUGAGGGUCCUGCGAAGGGAGAAGGACAAAUUUAAGAAGGCCAAGGAGAGACUUCCUCCCCGCAUGCUGGGUCUGGAGUGGGGGCUUUUCAGACCCUGAGAUCCAGUUUCAGAGCUUGGAACAAGGGACAGAUUUUCUCAACUAUCAAGGAGGAAAAGUUUGAAAGACUAAGGCAAGACACACCACUGUCGACUGUAGUGUUUGUUGCCUUUAGCCUGGAUUUUUUUCAGUAAAAACUGCUGGUUGGCAUGUGUAGUGUUGUAGACAUUAUUAAACCAUUCCUGCACAGAAA